AUGCAAAAAGCGGAUCAUACCGACCAGGUGAGUGGGACCGAGAAUCCCCAUCAGAUGAAUCAAGGUGUGAAUCACGGUGGAUAUUCUCUCACUUACUCAAUUACACGUCGAUUUGGGGUAGAGAAUGAUUCCCUCACUAUGAAAGGCAACUCAGCGGUAUCUACCACUGCUAGCACCAAAAAACCUGGAAGUUCAAUGAGUAGUAAAGGAUCAAAGCGAAAAGCCGAAAAAGAGAUCCCUGAUACCACUUCUUCGGAGACCAUGGCAUCCAGAAGGUCCCGACGAGGCGACACUGGAGUGAAGUCUCAAGAUGAAGCGGGUAUGACACAAAACGAAGUUGAUGUAUUGAAGGAGAGUGUCACGAGUCAUACUGAAAGCGGAAGCGGAAGUAUCAAGAGGAAGAGAGGUAGACCACCCCUGAGUGAGGAUGAGAAGAAAGAAAGGGAACAUCAUAGGCAAAUGCGAAAUUUGUUCAUCAGGAAAUGA